GUUGUCUCCCAUUCCUUGACUAUUUCCUUUUCCGGUAGUUUUCCAACAACAAAACAGGAUGGGGGCCAUACGACCUCUAAACAAGGACAGAAAGGUUCUGAAAAGAACCAAGAAAUUCAUUCGUCAUCAGUCAGACCGUUAUGCUAAAGUUAAGUCAAAUUGGCGUAAACCACGAGGUAUUGAUAACCGUGUGAGGCGUCGCUUCAAGGGACAGUACAAGAUGCCAAAUAUUGGUUAUGGUACCAACAAAAAACACAGAAACAUCAUGCCUGAUGGCUUCAAGAAGUUCCUUGUACACAAUGUUGCUGAGCUGGAAGUCUUGCUUAUGCAGAACCGAACAUUUGCUGCAGAGAUUGCACAUAGUGUGUCCAGCAAGAAGCGUAAGGGCAUUGUAGAGCGUGCACAGCAGCUGGCUAUCAAAGUGACAAACCCCAAUGCCAGAUUACGGUCUGAAGAUGAUGAGUAGAUGCCUGUUUCUGUGUACACUGAAGAAAAUAAAGAGAAAAACAACA